GAGAAGUUCAGUCAGGAAACUCAUGCGCUAGAUUAUUUAUUUAAACACUAGACAGCACGACUGCACUAUACAUGUUUCACACUGCAUUCUAUCGCCUUUCGCGGUGCCCCUGCCCAUAAAUGAUCUUGCAGAUAAGUGGAGAGGCUAACCAUAGGGAAGGCAUGAGCCUUAAAAGAAGCCAAAAAAAGCAUGUGGAGGCUGGGGGAGGAGGAGGCGGACUCUGGCACACAGCGGGGUCGUAAUGGAUUGAGGUGGCGAAUGGGUGGAGAAACAAAAGAUGGAUUGUUCCAACAAAGCAAGAGAGUAAGGAGGGGGAUGAGAAUGAAUAAAGGCUUGUAUACAAAAGUCAACACAGAGACAGAACAACGGUGGAACGAAGGGUUACUAGGCAGAGGAGACUGCGAACUGCAACACUCGUAUCCACAGGAGAGAGAGAGAGAGUGAUACCGAAACUCAAAUUUUUCAACACGCAAUACAAAAAGCUUCAAUUGCUGAGCACGUUUUAAAACAAACCAGCACUGGAAAAUCAAAAUGGGCCUACGACCAGAAACGAAUACCCCUGAAUGAGAAAGAUAAAAUUCGCGGUUGAUAUGGUCCCAGAUUUCUGGUCGCGGAGGCUGGAGUUGGGCAGGAUCCCCCUUAUAAAAAUAUUUAAUUGUUGUAAAAACGGAAUCAUCGUCUUUCGUUGCUUAUUUUAAAGACCCCUGGUCCUUUGCAUGUUUAUUUCUUUUUUCUCUCUCCAGCGUUCCAGUGAAGCUCUCUAAUCAGGCCUUGGAAGCCCGGCCGCGCCAACCUCCCUCAACAAAGGUGACUCUGAGCAAGCCGGGGAGACUCUUCAUCUUUUCAAUUCUAUCCUAUUUUCAGUUUCCCCUUGGGGGAAUGGAACUUCCUUCCCAGGAUUGGAGGCUGGUUGGUCUCUGUGAGGGCAGCUCUCCUUCCUCCACGGAGCCUUUGCUCCUGUCCUGUGAAAUUUAUUAGGAAGAAGAUCAUGGACGGGCUGCAUGCACAAUUGUUUUUUGAGCUUUUACUGAUAAUUUCAGCGAUACAUCUUUCACUCAGUGAUGACCACAGAUACUACGCUUCUGAGGGCAGAUCAGUGAGCUUGCCCUGCGGGGGAGUGGAGUCGUCUGCAGGCAGUGUGGUUGAGUGGGUGCAGACCCAGAUAGGACAUGUAACUCCAAACACCAUUCUGACUAGACACCCGGACGGCAGAGUCAGCAAAGGAAUUAAAGACACUGGGGGUCGAUUCGAGCUCCAGACUGACUCCUCAUUGACGAUACACAGAGCGGUGCCUGAAGAUGCUGGAAGUUACCAAUGCAAUGGCAACCGGGCUUCAGAGCUGCUAUUCCUGACUGUGUUUUCAGACCCUAAGGAUCCGAUGCCUGGAGAAUUGGUAAUCGUGACUUGUGAAUUAAAAUGUGCAGUGAACUGUGGGUCCUACACCUUGAGGAUGAAUGCAGAGGACCAGAGCCAUACAUCCCAGGAUGCACCACUGCAGAUGGUGCUUCAUGUGAACAAGUCUGAUGACGGAGAAAUAUUCCGAUGCAGACUGGAUGAAGGAGGGCGAGUAAGAGCAGAAGCUUCAUUUCAAUUGCAAGUUAAAGAAGAUCAUUCUGCUAGAACAAAAGUGAUUGGGACGGAUGCAGCACAUGCAGGGGCAGGUCAUUUGAACUUAUCUCUGGUGUUUACCCUUCUUGCCGCUGCUGUGGUGAUGCUGUUUGAGUAAACCAUAAAGGACCAAGAUCAUGUGCAGGUUGCAGAAUGACAUGAUAUCGCGAAAAUGUCUACCAGAAGCCUUAAUAGUAAUACAGUAUUUCAUGUUAGAUUUCAAAAUGUCAUUUUUUUUUUUUUUUUCUCUAAUUGGUCAGUUUUUCAUUAUAUGGAAAACUACAAAGCGGUAUGUAAUUCAAUAUGUUAACGUAACAUUGUUCAGCAGGUUUCAUUCGACUUUAUGGAGCAAAAUUAGUUCAUUCUAUAGGGUGAUGCAAAACGUUCGGCCAUAGCUGUUCACGUUUCUUUCCUUUCCCAGUUUCUUAGAUGUUAAAUUUCACCUGGUAUUCUGUGCAUUUAUAACGAUGUGUAAAGCGCUUCCAACAGUGAUUGUAGCUUUACAGAAUAUUUUCACAAAUCUUGCCUGUUUUGCACAUAGCUCUCAAAUACAGUUUUGAAAGAAAAACAUUAUGGAAAACAUGUAUUUACAUUUUAAACUAUGCUAUUGGGUACCGCAAACAAAAAAACAAAACAGUUCUCUCUCGCCUUACUCACGAGAAAUCUGUUACACGUGCACUUCCUAGGUUAAUUCAGUUCAUGUGUCUGGUGGGUCAGAGCAUGUGACUGAAUGAAAGCAAGACUAAACGGGAAGCAGCUGGAUUGCUAAAGAGAGGAAAGAAACCGUUGAAAGGGUGGGGGCAAUUUCACUCUCCAAAUUGCAGCACUAUCUGUAAUCAUUCAUUUAACCUAGUAUAGGACCAGAAAUACUGUUUUAAAAUGUAAAUACAUGUGUAACUUUCAAAAUUGUAGAGAGUACGAAGAACAUGUAACAUCUAGGACAUUAUUUUGCUAACUACAACCACUUUUUAGUUUUAAUUAUUUUAGAUUUAUACCUCAUUAGAUUAAAUCUGAGGAUUAUAUUAUUAUACAUUCUUGGCUCAAAUUCCCCACACCGCUAUCGUACAAUUUUGGCUUGGUAACCAAACCACCUCAUUUUCCUUUUUAACAACUGAAUAAAGUGCAUGGAAGUUUGCAAAGUUUCCUUGAUCGAUUUGAAUCUCAUUUUAUAAGCAAAAGCUUUAAUUUAAUAAGCAAACCAAAAAAAUCUGUCUUCAUUUAGACCCCAUUCAAAUAUACACACAGCAAGUUUAAUCCGUUACAGUACUUUGUAUUUGCAAAUAUACUAACAGUCAUUAUCCAAAUCUAACUAUCCUUUCGCAACUUUAUAGACACGCUUCGCUUGGCCCUCUUGACCACCUCUUCCUUGUUUUACUAAACUGCAGGUCAGGAUCACACUGUAAAACAGCUCUUUGGGCACGCAAGCUGCAUGCAUAUAGAUGUAAUAUUGUUUUCCCUGUAUAAUGAAUACAUUAACAAAUAAAACUGUGUUUGCCCCCUGCUGGCUAUGCCACUGCAA